AUGUACACUACAUCUUCUCUCUUCCUACACACCCUAGCACAGGUCGGCAUCACCCAUGCAUUUGUUAACUGGGGCUCCGAUCACCCUGCGUUGCUGGAAGACCUCGAGCGUCAACGCGUCGACCAUGGCGAUACCGUCGUCGAGAUAAUCACUUGUCCAAAUGAAAUGGCUGCUUUGAGCGCGGCUCAGGCAUUCGUGCAGGUUGCGAACAGGCCCGCCGCAGUCAUUGUGCAUGUUGACGUCGGAACCCAGGCCCUUGCUGGUGCCAUCCACAAUGCGAGCAGAGGAAAAGUUCCUAUCCUGGUGUUUGCUGGUGCAUCACCAUCUACUGUGGAGGGAGAGUUGAAGGGGUCACGGAACGAGUGGAUUCAUUGGAUGCAAGAUGUACCUGACCAGCCUGCAAUUGUCAGGCAAUACAUGCGUUUCACUGCACAGAUCAACGCACCCGAAAAUGUUCCUCAUCUUGUCAGACGUGCCCUCCAAAUUGCCACAAGCGAACCAAAAGGACCAGUAUAUCUCUGGGCACGGAGAGAAGUAUUAGAAAAAGAGAUCGAUGAAUCACUCUUCAACACUCCAGCAUCUCUCUAUAGAUGGCCUUCAAUCGAGCCAAGUGGGCUCUCCCCCUCAGCCGUGAACGUUAUUGGCGAUGCCCUGGCUCGCGCAAACAACCCGCUUAUCAUCACGUCACACAUUGGGCGGAAUCCUGCAGCCGUCGCCGCCCUGGAGAUGCUUUCCCGGCUGAUGGCUAUCCCUAUAUUCGUGACCUGCCCCAGUGCUACCAACAUAUCCCUCUCGCAUCCCUUUUUCGUGGGCGUUUCCUUCCUCGCGCCUGGUACACACACCCCGCUGCUCAGCACAGCAGACGUGAUCCUCAUCAUCGACGCAGAGGUACCCUGGAUCCCAAUGAACAAGGACAACCAAGGCAACUUCGAGCGCCCCAGCGACAACGCCCGCAUCUUCGUGAUCGACUCCGGCGACCCACUCAAAGAAACUAUCGGCAUGGAGCAUGUCGCGGGCGUAGCAGAGCUUGUCUGCCGCGCCAGCGCUGACGUCACGCUCUACCAACUCCUGAACUCCGGACGCACAGGCGCCGCGACAGGAUUCUACACACGUUCUAAGAGUAUACAGGUGAUACACGAUGCGUUCAUAGCAGACAUGCGUGACGCAGAGGCGCUUACAUCCGAGCCGAAUGUGCCGUAUACACCCUCGCGCAUCUUCGGGGCACUGCGCACAGCGGUGGAGAAUAAGGUCCCGCACCCUGCGAGUACACUUUACCUUAACGAGACGAUCAGUAACUACCCGCUUGCAUGGGCACACCUGCAUCCUGAUAUGCCUUCGGGCAUGUUGGGUUCCGGAGGCUCGUCACUCGGGUGGGCAUUAGGUGGGAGCGUCGGUGCGGUCCUAGGAGGCGUGAAUGCGGGCAAGGGUGUCGGUGGGGUGGGGUACGAGCUGGUAGUGAGUGUAGUAGGUGAUGGCACGUUCUUGUUUGGGGUGCCUAGUAGUGCGUUCUGGAUGGCGAGGCGGUAUGAAACACCUUUCCUGACGAUCGUUUUGAACAAUGGAGGCUGGAAAUCACCAAAGCUUUCCAUGAUGGGCGUGCACCCCGAGGGGCACGGCUCCAAGGUUUCUGGCAGCCAGCUCACUGUGGGCUUCGGGCCGGACAUGCCAGACUAUGUGGGUAUAGCGGUAGCUGCGACAGGGGGGUGGGCCUGGGGAAAACGUGUCGCUGCGGGCGAUCCGCUGGAGGAGACGAUGGCGGAAGCUGUGCGGAUCGUUGUGGAGGAGCGGCGGUGUGCGAUUGUGGAGUGUGUGUUAGAUAGUAUUUGA